UGAAUUUUCUCAGCGAAUUUAGUGAAUCGAGUGAGUUGAGUUUAUUUAAAUUGCUUAUUGUCUGUGGAUUGCCAGUAUUUUCAUAUGUAAUUAUUGUAAAUAAAUAAAGAGGACGUUCCAAGUUUAAAUAGAAAAAAUUUAGCAACGAAUGACUAUAUCUGAAAAUUAAUAUUAAAAUUAAGUGUUUGUGAAAUAAUUGAAGGUAUUGACAUUUUCUAAAUAAGAGAACACGGAGGGAGUUGUUUACGACUGGAAAAAUGCGAAUUUUCUGUCAUACAAUAAUGUGAGGUAGAAAGCUAAGUAGCUUAAUGAAACAUUAAUCAUAAUUCUUCGUAUUGGUUUUGCAUUCGCUCUUCGCCGAGGGAACGAGCGAAGAAUAUGUAAGAAAAUUGUGCUGAGGAUAUAAUACGAUAAUAUGCAAAUAUAAAUAAAUAAAACAUUUAAAAAAUAUAAAAAAAAAACAAUUUUAAAAAGAGCGAAACAGUGUCUUAUAAAACUCAAGUUUGAACUCAUUAAUUAAUUAAGAAAUAAAAUGGGAAAGCUGUUGAGUUUAUUGUCGCGCGACGAUUCAAACUGCUGUGCUGCAAAAUCCUACGAUGUUUUCCUAGACUUUGAGAAUGCCGCACCAACAGAUACAGAGCGUGAGGUUUUUGAAGAAGUUGAACGAGUCCUAAAGGAAUCGGAAAUUGUGUUACAGGAAAUUCAUGUAUAUAAGGGUGCUGGGAAAGAGAUACGUGAGGCUAUUGCUGAUCCUUCGCCCAAAUGUCAGGAAAAAGCAUGGGACGCUGUUUUGCCUUUGGUGAAGAAACUGAGACGUUGCUACGAACAUUCACUAGAGCUAGAAAAAAUAGUUCCGAAAUUAUUGGGUCAAUUGGUUGGUGGUAAACUGAAUCCUACCCAACAUCUGGAGACACAACAAGCUCUAGUGAAACAGCUUGCUGAAAUUUUGGAGUUUGUACUAAAAUUCGAUGAAUACAAGAUGAAGACACCCGCUAUACAAAAUGAUUUCAGUUACUAUAGACGUAUUGUGACUCGACAGCGUAUCGACCAGACAAAUUAUUCGUUAGUGAGCACAGAAUUGGCAAACCGCAUGUCUUUGUUCUAUGCUCACGCUACACCCAUGCUGAAAGUGCUUAGUGAGGCAACAUCAAAAUUUGUUCACGAUAAUGCCAACGAUGUCGAGAAUACGACAGAGACUCUUGGAACUAUGGCGAAAGUUUGUUUAAGAAUGCUUGAAAAUCCCAAAUUACUUCAACAAAUUGAGCGAGAGGAAACACAUCUGCUAGUUCUGCGAGUAAUGGUUGGACUUGUAAUUUUGUAUGAUCAUGUUCAUCCCGUUGGAGCAUUCGCUCGAGGCUCACAUGUAGACGUCAAAGGUUGUGUACGACUGCUACAGGCACAACCGGCUAUAAAGGCAGAACCUUUGUUAAAUGCAUUGCGUUACACGACAAAACACCUUAAUGAAGAAAACACACCGAAGAAUAUACGUAAUUUAUUGGCAGCAUAAUAAUAAAAGCAGACAAGCGUAUAUGCGCAGGACCACACUGCCAUGUACCCGCUACUAUUUUCAAUUACAGUCACUACCAAGCCCGUCACCAUAUGAAACAAAUUAUAAUAUGCAUAAAAAAGGUUUUUUUAUACAUUAGUCUACAAAUACAAAAUUAUUCCAUGCAACUACAUACAAUUUUGUAAAUUAAACAUGAAGUAUAAUCGAAGUCUAAUAACACACGUGUGGACUUCGAAACGAAAGCAUUUAAUAUUAAAAACCGUAACGUUAGCAGUUUUAAUAGGCACAUUUUUGCAUAUGUAUGUAUGUAUAUACAUUUUGUUUUUAGUCACUUAUUGUAUAUGAUUAUAACAUAUUCAUACUAGAAAACGCAUAGCUCAGUCAGUCCUAUUGUUAAAGUUUUAUAAUUUAUAAGUUAUUGAAAUAUCGACGGACACAGCCUACAUAUCCACUUAGAGAAGCAAAACGCAGAGUAAAUCGCAUAACUGGCAUAAUCCAAAUUUUACAAAGGUAUCAUAUACUAAGUUAAAAAAAUAAAAAUACGUCAAAGUUUAGUUAAUGAUGGAAAUUUUAAAUUUAGAAAAUAAUUUAAAUAUUUAGCAAAUAAGAUCACGUUUAUAUAUUGAUACAAAUUUAAGAUUCGCUUGAUUAUAAAAUAUGAGAGGUCAGAAACCCAAACUCAACACGAGUAUUUUAUAAAAUACCAAAAAGUAUAUAUUCUUAAUUGACUUAUUAACCAGUUUAUUUUAUUUAUAAUUAUAAAUAUAUACAUUUAUAGGAAAUAUAUAUUAUUUUAUUGCGUUUCUUUAGUAAAAAUUUAAAUUAAUUUGUAUAUACUUAAGUAUAUGAACAAAUGAAGUGCAUUUAUAACACAAACAACUUAUUUGCAUUAUAGUGCAUGAAGAGAAGAGAAAUUAAGUACAUAUGCGUGUAUAUAUCGAAGUAUAAUAGAACAUACAUACAUGUUUUUAUAAAAUAAAUAUAACGCAACUAAAUGUCGAAGCUAAAUGAACGAAAUUUGUACCGACAAAAAUUUUUGUUAUAUAUAUGUAAGUAUAGGUAAGCAUGAAAGGAAAAUGAAUGAAAUAGAUGCAUAAUUAAACUAUAA